CCUAGCUAGGGCCUGGUGAGUGUAAUUUUAUACAGUAACGUUUUUGUGAAAAGGAUUGUUUUCAAUCAAUUCUGUUAAAUUUUUAACUUUUUACAGCGAAAAAUUGUGUUCAAAAGUGAUCCAUGAUGGAUCCUUUUACUGAGAGACUUUUGGAACGUACACGUGCUAGAAAGGAGAUACUGGCGAAAAAGAUGAAUGAGAAUAGUGUAUCACCAGUAAAACGAAGGGCGCCACUUGCAGAGAACUCACAAAAUGUUUUUGAGCCAAAACAAGACUGCAUGCACAAACCAUCUUCACCCAACAAGACAGUACGUCAGGAUAUGAAGCCUGAUACACCAGCUAUUCAAUCUGUUCGGUCACGCUUACACCACUUAGCACAUGCUAGGAAUGUAUGGGAUUCUGCAGAUGCUGGAGAAGAUGUCCCAUCUCCUCAUCGGAGCUGCAAGACACCAGAAAUAAAUAUAGAAGCUUUGCCCCCUCAACCUGUGACCCGUAAAGCCCGAUUUGCUGCCCUAGCAGCUGACAUCAGCAGUUGGGUUGAUGAUACAGAUCACCCUAAGCACAGACCAGAACAAGAACCUAAAAAGCCAACCCGGAAAUUUUGUACAGAACCGAAAGCUGAAGCUCAACCAGUACCAGCACCAAGAAGUACCACACCAGUGAAGAAGUCUGCAUCACCCUCUCCUAAGAAGAGGACUAUGCCUGAAGACUCUACCUUAUCUCCGAGGAAAAAGCAGACAUCAGCACAGCCUUCACCAAAGAAGAGAAAUAUUAAAGCAAACUCACCAUGCAAAAAGCAGUCCUCUGCUAAAGAUUCUCCAAAGAAGAAGACAGUUGCAUUUGCCGUCACUGGCCACCCAAAUCCUGCCCCAAGGGCUGGCCUUCAUAUAGCCACAUUGCGACAGGUCCCACAUCCAGAACCUCAGGUCUGCAAGGCAGUGGAAAAGACUAAGACCCCAGCUGUAGAAAAACCUCAGUCCCGUGCCACGACCAACCAAUACAAAGCCAUUGGUAAAUAUACCUACGAAGUAUCAAGGGAUAGGCCAGCAACUUUGCCUGUUCCUAGGAAACCACCAAAGGAGACCACCAAAAGACAAGCUCCUGAGCCACCCAAGUGCACUGUCAAAACUUCUCUGAAGCAAGGUACCCCAACUAAGAUCCAGCGUAUGGUCGCUCAGAUAUCUGCACAAGAAAAAUGCUUAAAGUCGCCAGAGAAUGUUAGCGGUCAUGUCGGUGAGAUGGCAAAGACCAUUCAAUCUCGUCUGUUAGACCAUCAGACCAGUUGGGAAAGGAACGAGAUUAACACAAAAAUACAGGCAGAAAGGAAGAAAGAGUUGGAGAUAAUCCGCAAACGAUGGAUGCAAUCAAGUGGUAGCUCAAGAACAGAUAGUUCUGAUACCCAGGAAGAUGAAGUAGAGGAGAUAGUUCAGUGUGAGCGAGUUGCCAUGUCAACCACAGAGCCACCCACAAAGAAGCCGAAGCAGGAAGAGGUGGAAGCAGAAGAAGAAAUGGAAGAAGAUGAAGAAGUAAAAACUGCACAUAAUGCAGCUGAACAGGUGAAAGCUGAAAUUGAUAUUAACGAAGAGAAUGAAGAAGAUAAGGAGGAAGAUGACGACGAGGAUGAGGAGGAAGGCAGUGAAUUCGGGGAUGAUGAUCUGAAUGUGAGUGAUGUACUUGGAGAUAUUGAUGAUAUCCUGAAUCAGGAGGAGCAAGCCAUGGAGGAGGAGGAAGAGGCAAGGAUUGCUGUUCAGGAAGUUGAGUCAAUUAAACAAGAGGUCCAAGAACAUAUGCAGGAGCAAAUUGAUGAAGACGCAGAAGAAAAGGCAGAAGAUGAUGGUAAUGCACCUAACACUCCGCCGAGAACGAAACCACUGACGUACAGUGUUAGCACAUACCGCAACCAGCGCAAGAAGGCCAUUACUUUACCACCAGUAGCCCGUACAGUAGUGAUUAGGUCACCAGAAACAAUAGAAGAAGAAGUGGAGGAAGAGGAACAGCCAACUACCCCAAAAGUCAAACAUCUGAGUGUUAGGGAGAAGGUGAAAGCCCUGAAUGAAGAGGUGUCUGCCCAGCAGAGCAUUAUUCAGCAGACUAGCCAAGCCUUGAACUUAAUCAAUGCUAAGCCCGACUACAAAGGCACUAUGGAAGAGGUUGAAGCUGAACGUCUACUGCUUAUUGCAACUCAGCGCCGUCUUGCUUGCUUGUCCGAGAUCCAACAUUUGAAGAAUCAAGGAGGAACUCGUGCACAGAAGUCCUCGAGUGAAGACGAUGGAUUGGCACCAUGCCAAGGUUCUGUCACAAUACGAGACAUCAGGCUCCCAUUGAAGACUGAAUACAUCUUGGCUUUAACGUCUGGCCAAGAUCGUCCUCAUCAUUUCUUCUUUGUGCUUGUUAAACAUGGAGCUAAAGUGAUCGCAAGUCAGCUACUGUCCACUAGAAAAGCAUUGUCAGGAGAUUGUUUGCCCUUCUCCAACAUGAUGGCCUUUAAUGAUCUGGAUGGAAAUUUCAUGCUGGAAGUUGAGGUGUACCAGCUGAAUCUAAAUCGAAUCAAACAUGUUCCUGAGAAGGCGAAGGGCUUCUUUGCCAACAUCACUCCAAAAAAACUAAAGACAGUAAGACAGGGAGGACGAGCUCAGCAUAUGUCAAGUCCUGGUGGCCCAGGUGCAGUGCAGACCAGUAACUUUAUGCUAGUUGGUUCUAUUCGUUUGACUCUCCACAGCAUUAAUACAGAGCGAUUCAUGCUAUCAAAGGUGCCAUUUGGUGCUCCCAUCGAAGGUAACAUUCACCUACGCAUGAGCUGUCACUCAGAGUCGCGCGUCAUUCAACGUGGCUUCAUCACAAUGUUUGAUGACAUUAGCGGGUUUGGAUCGUGGCAUCGACGUUGGCUAGUACUAGCUGGAAGCAAGAUUGCUUACUGGAAAUACCCCGACGAUGAGAAACGCAAGGAGCCAAUCAAUGUGAUUGAUUUGAAGAAGUGUGUAACACGUGAUGUGAGUUUGUUGACACGUCUCGUGUGUGCCAGACCAAACACGUUUGAGUUGAUGACAAGACGAAGAGCAACAAACAGCGAUAAGUCAUCCCUGGUAGCCAGUCAGCAUGGAUCCACUGUCACCACAAAAUUCUGGCUUUCUGCCGAUAGUAAAGAGGAACGCGAAAAGUGGAUUCACAAACUAAACAAGUCACUGCUGGACCUACGGACCUGGAACCGUGAUGCAGCCAGACCUGUCGAUCCACCCAAGCCCUCUGAAACAGAUUUAUAGAAUCCAUAAACAGUGGAAAUUGUUUAUUGAAAUCAAAUUUAAAGAUAAUUAUUCUUCAUGAUUAUAACUCAUGAAUAACAAACAAUAUGCAUCCUUAUAAUAAUUGAUAAACAAAGGGUGCCUUUGUAAAAUAAGUACAUGUUGGGUGUUACCGUUUCUGAAUUUUACUGUACCAGAACGUAAACGAGAUACUUGAUACAUAGUUAUGAUAUUAGCAACAUUGAAAAUUUCCCAGCAGCUCUUUUCUAGGUAAAGAACAGUAUAAUCAUAUUCAGCAAGUGUGUUACUAAAGAAUAUUCACACGCCUGCUUUUAAAUUUGUUUGCAGUCUUUUAAUGCAUUUGCACUACAUAUUAUAUACAAUUUAAAGUACAGUACCUGUAUUAUGAUAUUGAAUAAUCAUUUAGUAACCUACUAACCAACGUUAUUCAAUUCUGUUUAGCUGUAUGAAAUAUAAUUUUGCUUAGGUAUUUUAUCCAAAUUGUUUUAACCUAAUUUUCAAAGCUGUUUUUGUUAGUAAUUAUUAUACAGUAUUCUAUUGGUUAGCUAAUGGUACAAUAGUACAAAUAUUAGUACAGUAUAUUUAGGCAACAAAAAUGUUUGGAAUACAUUUGAUUGUUGCACAUUUCUUCAAUAAAAUGUUCGCAAAGUAGUCCGUAUUAUGCAAAUCUUUAGAAUCAUGGCAGAUUGAAGUUAAAACUGCAAUUUUAUGAUUUCUGUAUCAUCUACAUGUAUCUACUUACCAUAUUCUAGCAAAAUUAGAUGUAGUUUUCAUAUUUAGGCAUGCAAUAUUUUUGAAACUAAAGUUUAUUAGCGAUAAACUGCUUUACAUGUAAUUCAAGUACUUAAAGAUAAAUGCGAAACAUCUAGCAAGCUUAUAGGAGGAGAAAGUUGAAAGGGGAAAGUUCAAAGUAUCCGUAUUAAGUUGUUGCAGGUUGACAUUUUUGUAAAUGCCUGAAGGAAAGCAGUAAGAACUACAACAGAAAUCUGUGCAAUACAAUUGUAAGGAACAGAAAAUUUUGAGUAGGCUUAGGUCUUGUGGAACACGGGGGAAUGAUGCAUUGCAGAAAAGAGCAGUUGCUGUAUGUUCUAAGAACUUAGGUUGAUGUUGGUAUGCGCUAUUUGCUGUAAGAUAAAUUUGUACUGUAAUAUAUUAUUUAGCUGAUCAGAAUUUAAUAAAAUAUUAGUCAUUAUGAUCA